GCAAAGGGUUGUUUUGCAGUUUGUUGCAGUAAAGUGGUUGCAAUAAAGUGGUUGCAGUUAACGUGAGAGGAAGUAAGAGCUUGCAAUUAAACUUAGAGAGAGCUGCUAAAAUAAUAUGUAUACCUAGAGUAUAGACAACUUUUCACCAGUUGAGAACGAAACACUUACGGAGUCGAAACACAAACGCUGACGGCAGUGCCGCAUGUGUCAAAAGCAACAAAUAUUAAAAGAAAAAAUCAAGUAAAAUGAAUGAAUUAACAUUGCGGGUAAACGGGCUUAAGAUAGGCGCACGUUCUAAACGUUCUGCUAAAAUGCGCGAAGCUCUGGCACCAGUGCCGCCCAAUUGGGAAAAUUCGUACGAGGAGUAUGUGAUGGAGUUUGCAGCUGCCAUGAGCUGCGAGGAGCAGAUGAGGGCAGUCAAAGAGAUAUAUAAAAAUCCCGAAGCUAUAAACUUUCUGGCCGAUUUAGUAUACGUAUGCCCGCUCAAGCAUUCGGUGCGUGGGGUAUUGACUAGGCUGCUCUCCGGCAACGGUCAGCUGAAGAAAACAGUAAGGGUUGGCAACAACGCGGAACGCACAACCAUAUGCAAGCUCGAGCUCUAUCCGAGGGAGACAAUUGUUGCUGCGCUGCGUCAGUCGCUGCAAAUUUUGGCGGCUGGCGUUGAGCAGCAUGCAGAUCAUGUAGACUAUGUCAACGAUAUAUUUGCAUCCAUAGCAUCCAGUGUGCAUAAUUUUCCAGUCGGUCGCGAGGCACUAGCGCUGGAGAUUCAAUGCUUUAUGCCAUUGAUGACAGUGGCGCUGGAAAGCUAUUGGCUGCAUAUAAUCGCAACCCAAAUGGAGCUGUCGCCCACACGACGCAAUCAGAUCUACUUCUAUAUACACAAUCUGUUGCGCUUCUAUGUGAACUUUCCGGCCGAGUUUAGGGCCAAUUUGUCGUCGCAGCUUGACACAGACUUGUGCAAGUUGCACGAGAUUUCCGUAUGCGUGGCCAAGCACUUGGACACGCCUUGGGAUGUGCGCGCCAUAGCUGGGCUCACAAUUGGUCACAUUGCGCGCUUCAACAAUCAGUUGCCGCAAUAUUUGGAGAACUGCAUUAUGUUGAACGGCUACGAGGAUAUACCGAUUAAAGCUGCUGCGCUGGUGGUGCUGCAAAAGCAGGACUAUCAGUAUUUCAUAAGCCAAGCUUUGGCCAUACUACGCAGCGUGCUGAAUCAGCUAACUGGCUCGGCCAACUCCAAUAAUCUGUUGGUUUACAUGUCCAAGCAUUUGUACACCUACAGCAAGACCUUGAGCGUGGGUGAGCUACAGGGACGCGAGCUGAUUACCUACAAAGUCAUACUGGGCAUGCUAAUGCGCUUCGCCAUGGAGCACAUCAGCAGCGAUGUCGAGUCCAUACGCCACAUGAGCGCCAAUUUGUUGCAACAGUCGCUGCAACAUGCCAAAGAUGCCGGCCAGACCAAUAUACUGUCCGUGCUCUAUAAACAAUUCGAGCGCCAGCGCAUGCCACUCAAGGGUGCCUGCCUCAUGCUGCAGCAACUGACCGAAGUCAUGGGUGUGGACGAGACGCUGAUCAAUUAUCCCACCGUGCAGCAAGAUCUAUUUCCCAACUAUUUGGGCGUCGAGGACAGCGUUAAUGCUCUAUACAAAAGCAUGAUGAUUGGCGCUUACAAGGAGCAAACCUUUGAGAUUUGGUUUGUGCAGUGGGUAGUGCCGCUAGCUUUGGCCUCCACCUCGAAUGAUUCGCGCUUCGUGCCCAUAGAUCGCCUGACACGUGUUGCAGUGCAGCAGGAUCCACGCGUGGUGGUGGAGCUGCUACAGCAGCCCGAUUUCUGCUUCGGCGGCAAGUUGUCCGCCAUGUUGAUGGCACGUCGCUGCGGUCAGCAGGAUCUUAUCAAGAUUCUGAUGCUGGACUACUUUGAGCAGAUUAAGGAGGCCGUUAUGGGCGUCGAUGACAACGUGCGCCUGCUGGCCUUGGCCUUUCUAAUUGAAACGCCACGCAGCAGCGAGCCCUACACCGAAUUCGAGCUGGAGUCCAUAAUCAAUUAUAUUCUACAUAAUGCCAACAAUCCCAGCGCUCAUAUGCGCCAGAUGGGACAUGCUCUAUUGCAAAAGGGCAUCAAGCGCUUGGAGCUGAAUCUGGCGGCGCAGCUGAAGGAGCAGAAUCCGCUGGAUGAGGGGCACAUGUUGCUGGUGUUUUUGAACAAGAUGCUGAGCGCUCUGGCUUUGAAUCUAUUUCCAACUGCUAACUACGGCAGGCGCUGGAUGUCGUUGCGUCUAUUUGGCGAUCUCAUACAGCUGGUGGAGCGUCUGCAGCUUGGCUGGGAGCAUCGUUUGCCGCCACAGGCGCUGCCCUAUCUGGAGAACUGUCUGCGCGACAGCUAUGAGCACAACAAGGCACUUGCCGCUGGUUUGCUGGGCAAGAUGCAGCGACGCUGCGAAUUGCAGCCGGAGCUGAUUUUGCGCAUGCUAAAGUCACAGCGCCCGCCGGAGUCGCUGACUGGUGCGUAUCAGCUGCUGGUGUUAUGCUCGGCGCCCGAGCUGGUCUAUGACCUGCCCGAGCAGUUGCCACAACUGGAGAUGCCACAGCUGCAACGCCGCUGCUUUGCUGUCCUGAAUUGGCUUAAGAUACACAUGAACUCUGGCUUGGCCACAGCCACGGGCAGUCUUAGCGAUGCUGCCAAACAAAAUCCGAUUUAUGGUUUGCUCUUCGCCAGUCGCUUGCUCUUGAGCAAAUUGGAUUUGCAUCAGCUGGCGCAGGAGCAAGUUUGGGUUGUCUAUAUAGAGCAGCUGUUGAUCUGCUGCUUCCAGACCAUAAGCUGCAUGAUGCCCGUGCUGGGUGCGGAGGCACCGGAGGGACAUGUGCCAAUGGAGCCCGAGUCGCUGGACGAGGCUGCAGGCGAGGAGGAUGCCGACGAUGCAACGUCUUUAACUCCGCAGCUGGUGCUGCUUUGCGCCUGGCGCAGUGUCAAGGAAGUUUGCCUCAUUUUCGGUGAGCUUGUGCAGCGUGCACCUUUGCAGCAGGAAAUGGAUCCAGGCUCACAGUAUUUGAUUAGCGCACAGCAGCUGGCGGACAUUGGUGAACAGUUUCUAACGCUGCUCGCCGAGCUGAAGCAUCGUGGGGCCUUCGAGCAGGCCUAUGUGGGCUUUGGCAUGCUCUGUCGUCGCCUCUGGCUGAGCCCAACGCCCCAAUUGAAUCGCUUGCCGCCCGAGUGGCUGGACGAUGCCAUGAAUCUGAUCAGCGGACAGACGGAGCGCUCCGUUUGUGCUACACGUCGCAGCGCUGGCGUCCCGUACAUGUUGCAAGCUUUGAUUUGCACCGAACUCAAGCUGGGCACACGCCAGACCUUCAAUCGCAGCAUGGAUCUGCUGCUGGCCGCCUGCGAGCCAGUGUAUCCGCCCACAGCAGUCGCCAGCGUGCGUCGUGGCCAUGCGCUGAACAUAAUGCGCGCUCUGUUCCGCUGCAGCGAGCUGGCGGAUCUGGUGACCGAGUAUGUGGGACGUGGCGUCAUCGCGGCGCUCACCAGUUUGACUGCCAGCGAGUGGUCGGAACGCAACUCGGGCACGCUGCUGCUCUCGUCGCUGAUGGUGCGCAUCUUUGGCGUGGAGCGGCCACGCGACGAGCAGGGCGAGCUGCAUGUGCGCAAUCGCAUGACCGGACGCAUCUUCUUCACACGCUAUCCGCUGCUGUUCGAUUACUUCUACGCUUGCCUCAAGCUCGCCGCCGAGAAGCCGCAGCCCACUGGCGGGCAGGCCAUACAGCUGGAGGCGCUGCUGCAGCUGCUGCAGCGCAUCUAUCCAUCCGCCCUAGAGGGCGCCGAAUCUAGUCUCAAUUUGAACAAGUUUGUGCCGUUUCUGGUGAAGAUUAGCGCAGCUCAUGACAUGCUUACGCGGCAGCGUGCCAGCCAUGUGGUCGCCAGUUUCAUUAGCCAUGGCGCUGCGCUCAAAUUGUUGCGCAGAAUAAUGCUGGAGCUCGAAAUCUUGCAGCUGGAGUUCAGCAAGAAUCCUCACUUUGAAAUCGAUCUGAAUGGCUUGCAUGGCAAUUUGCUGAUGCUGCAGCAACUUUAUCGCAACGAGCGCUGGGGCCAGCCCAAGAUUAUACGCACCAUGCUGCGUGGAUUAUGCCAGAGCGCCAUUAUGAUGCUGGGACGUGACAUAUUCAUACACAGCAUGAUCCUCACUGUUAUGGUGGACAUUUUGCAGAACUGCACUGCACUCGAGCCGCCACAAAUGGCUGCACUGCGUCUGGUGUACAACUAUGAGACGCCGAAUUCGGUUUAUGAGCGCUGCGAUCGCUACGCCAUAUCGCCCAAGUAUUUCCAACUAUUCGCUUUGCAUGUGCAGCGCAUGACGCAGACCGUCGGCAACAUGUGGUCGCAUAUUAUGACCGCCAUGGUGCGACCCGCCAAAUUGCCCACUCCGAUAAUUAAGCUCAAGCUGGAAUUGUUCUUGUACUGCAUGUGCCAGCAGGCGAACUUUAGCAGCCACACGCGUGGACUCAUCGAUUCGUAUGACAUCAAGAGCUUUCAAUUCGAUCCCGAUGUGGUUGCCUAUUACAAAGCCUUGCCGUCCAAGCUGCGCACCGCGCUGGCCAAGGAGAUGCGCGAGUCGACGCCGCUGCAGCGUCAUCUGUUGAAAAUGCUGGAGCAAUGCAAGGCUCAGAAGAUACGUGUGCCCGGCCUAAAGGGACGUUUGUAUUGCCUGCUCUCGCUGGUGGACAAUGUGCAGUGGGACUUGGCACAGCUGCUCGAGCUGCAGCAUCAGGCUGAGCUGGAGCCAGGACUUUGCAUGUGCAUUACCCGCGUCAUGAACAAGCAUCUGGCCGAGUCGCAAUUGUAUUUGCCGGUCAUACACUAUGCUCUGCAAUUGAGUGAUCCACAUCAGCCGUGCUUUUUGCGUUAUCGAGCCACCCAGCUGCUGGAUCGCAUCUUCUUGCAUAUCAGAAUUUUGCUCGAGCAGGCCGAUGCUGUAAUCCUUGGCAAUUUGAUGCGUCUGGUUCUCAUGCUGCUUGUGGACGAGUCCGAGCUAGUGCGCAAUUAUACGGCUGAGAUGAUAUCCAGCUGCCUCACCGUCUAUAUGAACCUUACGGCGGAGCCCAUGCCCGUGCAGUUCAACGCGCCCAACAUGAUGGCCUCGGUGGCCGAGCGUUAUUUUGUGGAACAGAUGCUGUCGGCCUUGCAGCAGCACGCCGACGAUGGCACCUUCUUGCUCACCCUGUUUGAAAUUAUUGUGGAGCCCUUUGUUACCACCGAUCAGCUGGAUGGACGCUCUGUGCUGGAGGAUAAUCCCACCGACUUUGAGGAGGAUCCCGAAGUGUUUGAUAAACAAAAUGUGAAUUUGUAUUGCGAGGGCUUGCGUGUGACCGCCCAGGUGGCCAAGUGCUUCAAGGAUGCUUUUCCGCAGAAUGCGGAAUUAACUGUCACCCUUGAUGCCAUGGCAGCCUUGUGCUCCUACACCGGCUUUGGCGAGCAGCCCAUCGCACCCAGAGUAGAUAACCCAACCGACAUGUAAACGAAAGAGUAAGACAUAGUGUAAGACAGAGAAAGCAAGAGCAUGAGAUGCUAAAAGAAGUACAAAACACAAACAUGAAGAGCAUUUUUUUUUUGUUUAAUGUAUUUUUAUUUUAUAAACUACUGGACUAGAGUUUAAAACAGCCAAAACUCGUUAAUAAAUAUUUAUCUAUCUAAGAAAGUUUUAUUUAAGUUACACACGCACACACAGGCACACUUACGAAUUUACCAAAAAGAGAUGUGCAUAUGCACAGCAUGAAAAUGUAUUUUGACACUUGAUUUAAAUAUGCAUUUUGUGUUUGUGGCUUUUGUACUCAAAAUUAUAUUAUCCAACAUAAUUAAUU